GUUCCGAGCAUCAUGUGGGUGUUAGUUGUGGCUACAGUCGCUGCCGAAUCUGAUGAGUGCUCUCACACGCAAAUCGGCAGAAAUGCAGGCCCAUCAGAGGACUGCACUCCAGGUUUAGAGUUGAGAGCACCAUGCGCUAGCGAGACCUGGUGCGGUGAACGCUACCAAGUGUCGCCUUCGAGGGUUAAAUGUAUGUUUCUCUUCCACUGGCACCAGUUAUCUCGAAUUCCAGACUAGUGGUGGUGUCGGUAAGUCGACGAGUGAGGGUAACCGCGCGGUGCUCGUGGCGGCGGCCUGGAAAAAGGUUGGAGAGGUUUGGAGGUGGAAUGCAGCUACUCGCUGGCUGGCGAUGGGGAUGUUAGGAACUGGAAUUAUGUGCACCUGGAGCGUGGCGGUUUUGUCGAUUUUUUUGUGCAUUUGCAACGUGCGGGGACAGAUUGUUCACAGCUCUGGAGCUCCUUUAAAUAUUGAUUGUGGUGCAACCGGUUCGUAUAUCGACUCAAUCACGGGUCUGACAUGGGAAAUAGACGCUCCCUACAUUACCACGGGCAAAACUGCGACAGUCGUGCCUUCUGCCUCGUCUUGGGUACAGAAUUUCCCCGAGGCGAAGAGCCUAAGAUACUUUAACGACACUCGACGGAAGAAUUGUUACAAGCUGCCGGUAGUAUCGAACACUGAAUACCUGCUGAAGGCAAUCUUCUACUAUGGAAACUACGAUAAUGCUGCAAAUCCCCCCUCCUUUCAGUUGGCACUGGAUGGUUUGAUUGUGGACGAUGUUUCCACUGCUUCUGAUGACGGGCAAUACUAUACAGAGCUCUUGUAUGUGUCAAAAGGCACCUCAACCUCUUUUUGCCUCGUGCGAACUUCUCCCCAAUCCACACCUUUCGUUUCAGCGAUUUCUUUGAUAGCGUCGGGUAAACUGACCAGUGUCUACGUGAAUCAAUACAAGAGUUACAUCGUCGAUGGACAUGUUAUAAGGACAAUCAAACGAGUGAAUAUGGGCGCAACGACUAUAGUAAGAUAUCCUCAAGAUCCUUGGGAUCGAAUGUGGUUUCCGCAUAGUAAAUUUCCCAAUUUACUUCUCAGCACGACCACAAUAGAGACUCUGACGUCAACUCUGACGCAAGUUGAUGCCUGGGAUGCACCUAAAGUCUUGUGGCAAACUGCUGUCUCCACCUCCACAGAUCUUCUAAUUUCCUUAAUGCCAGUGGGUUGGAAUGGCACUCUGGACAUUGGAUAUUUCUCAUCUUAUUAUGCUGAAAUUGCCCCUACGAUUGUCCCGAGGAGUUUCAUUAUUCAACCAGCAUUCUCACAAAUGAGUACAAGAGUCAGCUGGAACGGAUCGAUCACCGACUAUAACGGCUCUGACCUGUAUGGUGGACCCGUGACACCAGCUACUUGUAACGUAGCUAUGUCUAACACCGGCACCACUGUAAGGGGGCCAAUCCUGAGUGGCUUUUCGUUUUUCACAAUUCGAUCUCAAAAACUGUCAAGAACAAAUGAUCAGGACGCUGUCGCUAUUGAUAAAAUUAUAUCGAGCUUCAAUCUUACCGAAUGGACUGGUGAUCCAUGUCUUCCCACUCCGCAUGAUUGGGUCACUUGUUCCCCUUCAGAUACGGGUGGUUGGACACAACCUCAGGUUACUGCCUUGAACCUCUCGAGAUAUAAUUUAGUAGGCAACAUUCCUCCUGCUUUGGGCGAUCUCGUGGCUCUCACCAGCUUAAAAUUAGACAACAAUAAACUCACGGGAGGGCUACCAUAUCUGAGUUCUAUUACAAACCUUGAAGUAUUGAACUUGGACAAUAAUAAUCUCUCUGGCGAGCUUCCAACCUGGCUGGGAGAAUUUAGAAAGUUGCAAGAAUUGACUCUGCAGAAUAACAACUUCAGUGGAACUAUUCCCGCAUUCAACCAUUACAUACCGAAAUUUAUAUUUAAACCUGGAAACCCUCAAUUAAUCGACAAUGUGUCUAAUAUAAAACCUGGUCCAACUCCGAAUAAGGGAGUCAUUGCUGGUGCAAUUGUUGGUGGCGUAGUGGGAGUUGCACUCAUUGUCCUAAUCGUCUUUGUUAUUAUUCGCCGGAAGAGUCACAACUCAACUAACACCAACGCUGCUGCGAGGGAAUUUGUCGGUGGAGCCAAAGUCUUCACACAUGCCGAAGUCAGCUUUGCCACGAAGAAGUUCCAGACAGAGAUUGGGAAAGGUGGAUUUGGACCCGUUUACUAUGGAAAGCUUCGUGACGGACAAGAGGUAGCCGUCAAGGUUUGUAAGGAAUCUCAGGGGACCGGAGAGUUCUUCAAUGAGGUCGAGGUUCUUUCCAAGCUGCGUCAUAAGAACUUGGUAACAUUGAUAGGCUACUGUCAAGAAGUGGAGCAAAUUCUGAUCUACGAGUUCAUGGAAAAUGGUUCCCUGCAUGAUCAUUUGUUUGGAAAUUCAAAAUAUACUGCUGGCAAUCUCGACUGGACGACGCGCCUGAAUAUUGCACUUGAUGCGGCACAAGGCUUGGCGUACCUGCAUACAGGGUGCGGUGAAAGUAUUGUACAUCGUGAUAUCAAAAGCACCAACAUUCUUCUCACCGCCAAAUUUGGGGCCAAAGUUGCCGAUUUCGGGGUAACGAAGUUGAUAGGGGAUGAUUCAAAAGUCUUCACUCUAGUCAAGGGAACUGCGGGUUACUUGGAUCCAGAGUAUUACACUACCCAUUUUCUAACACUGAAGAGUGACAUCUUUAGCUUCGGAGUUGUUCUCUUGGAACUGCUGACAGGUCGCGCAUGCAUCGAUCGAUCAAACCCAAGCAACAUGCAUCCAAACAUCUGUGAUUGGGUGCGGAAGACUCUAAAACAUGGCGAUGUUCGAGAGGUUUUGGACCCUGCUAUGACAAAAUCUGUUCCAGGACCAUCCCUAGAAGCUGCUUGGAAGGUUGCCGAGAUCGCAAUGCAGUGCGUCGAACCGAGGAGUAUUCACAGGCCGACGAUACUCAGAGUUGUCGAAGAACUGCAUCUCGCAUUGAAAGUGGAGGAACAAAAUUCAUCAUCUGAGUAUUCCAUUAAACAUAGCUUCUCAGUCGUAGCCUCGGGUAGGUAGAUUGUAAAUGCAUGUCUGAUUAGGGUUUCUUCUUGGCUUUUGGGGGGAGGAUGUGCGUGUGAAGAAGAUUUUUUCCGUACUAUCAUUUUCACAGUAAGCAAUUCUGAUGUUGACCUUGACCCUGUGAGUAACCAAACUGUGUCGUUUAUCAAAGUA